CGCUAAAACUUUGUUCCACCUAUUUUGAUCCCCUACGUUUUUUAUGACGUUACCGACUAUUCCACAAGUUAACCUUUCCCUCAUUUUUCCCGGCCACCGAAGCAAGCCAGCGACGUUAUGGCCGGCAAUUGGCUACCGCCGGCCGAAAUCACCGGGAGUGGCCGACCUGUGUUACGCCCCGGUGAAAUUGAGUGCUCCACUCUGUCUUCGGUAGACCUCCUCUCGGAAGAAAACCCUGGCUUUCCCCACCUCAGGUCCGGUCUUCUGAUCCUCACAACCCACCGCCUUCUCUGGCUCCCCGACUCUACCAUUCCCUCCUCCGCUGGCUCCGCCGUAUUCAUCCCCCUUUCCGCCGUCACACACAUAUUCCCUUUGAAAAAAUCCAUCAAGGCUAUGUUUGCUAGUCCGAGAAUCCGUUUCCAGGCCUCAGCUGGCCCGCAAGGCCAAGUCCAGGAGAGAGGAUCGAAAUCGAUGGCAAUAAAUUUGAUAGUUCGGGGGAAAUCGGACGUUGAAUCAUUUUUGGAGAAGUUUUGGGAGGCGUGGAGAGGUAGAGGUUGGGUGGAAGAUGCAAAAUCGGGAUCGGAUGGUCCGAGUGCAUCGGGUUCAGGGUCCGGUUCGGGCCUGGCACUGAAGAUGCCCGUGGUUGGUGUAGCUGGUAUACUGAGGAAAGAGCAGGAAAUUUGGGAAAGUACUGAUAAGAACAUGCAAGAUGCUUUUCAGGAUUUGAAUGCCCUCAUGAGUAAAGCUAAAGAGAUGGUAAUUCUAGCUGAGAAGAUGAGGAUGAAACUUCUCUCUAGCUCAAACAAUAAUGCAGGAUCAAAUGAUGAGGAUAUGGGUACGAAGGAAGAAAUGCAAGAUUGGUUGCUAAGUGUUGGUAUUGCGUCUCCAGUUACCAAAGAGUCUGCAGGUGCUUUGUAUCAUCAACAAUUAUCACGACAGUUGGCAGAUUUUAUCAGAAUUCCCCUUGACAGAGCAGGAGGAAUGAUUAAUCUCAUUGAUGCUUAUUGCCUUUUCAACCGGGCCCGGGGAACAGAACUAAUAUCCCCUGAUGACUUGAUGCGUGCUUGUUCUCUAUGGGAGAAGUUCAACGUCCCUGUGAUGCUUCGUAAGUUUGAUAGUGGUGUUCUGGUCAUCCAGACCAAGAGCUACAGUGACAAUGAGGUGUUUUCUAGAAUUAAAUCCUUGGUGACUAAGGCUGAUGCUUUACGAGUUGGGAUUAGUGCUAGUGAUGCUGCAAUGACCCUGGGGGUUGCUCCGGCAAUGGCAAAGGAGCAUCUUCUUGCUGCUGAGGGAAAAGGAUUGUUAUGCAGAGAUGUAAGCCCUGAUGGAUUUAGAUUCUUUAUCAAUAUAUUUCAAGACGUUGAUGCUGAUUAUAUAUACUUGGUAAAAGAUCAUGGAAUCUAUGCAGAUUGGAUUAGUUCUGCCUCAACCCAAAGGCAGGGGUAAAGUAUGUGUACACUGGACUUGUUGAUGUUACAACCGGAAGCCAUUUUCUCGGUUGAAACCGAUGAUCAUCUUGAUUAGAAGCAUCACAAGAAUCCCUUGGUCAAAGAAGUAUGUUCUUGUUACUUGAGCAGUAGGCCACUUCAUGGUAAUAAUUUGAAGGGAAAAGGGCAAUUAGGUGAGGCUUCCCAUAGCACUUUUGGUGGGGGAGAAACGAGGAUUGGCCAUAUACUAUUUGUCAGUUUUGGGUUUUCAAAUUAGUGAUAGAUUGUAGAAUAAGGUUGCGCUCCGUUCACCUGUUCACCUGAUCUGAGUUUUUGAAGAUCUUAUCUGGUUGCAGUUAUAAUUAAAGCUUGUCUUUGAUCUAGUCUGAAUUGGUCUCAUUUGAUUAAGAAUAAGUAGUCCUAAUAAGUAGAAAAAAUAAGUUGAACGGAACGCUGCCCUUACCCAAGAGCCAAUUUGGUGACCCAAACUUGUUGAUAAGAUACUAGUUUUUAAAUUGGAAUCAAGAGCCAAUUUGGUG